UUUAUUUUUUUUAUUUUUGUACUUUUUUUUACUUGAAAUCAAAUACAUAUAUUAUCAACAUGGCAGAAUUCCCGGAUACCUCUGGUGACAAUGCUUCUGAUGUUCAUGCUCAUCCUUCAAAAUAUUAUACAACUGGAAACAACUCUAGAGAACGAACCAGAACUUAUAUUAGAUACCCUCCAGAAUCUUUGGCUUUUCAAAAAGAAGCUUCUCGUUAUCGUCGUUCCUCUCAUGACAACAAAAACAAACCUCAAAAGUUCUUGGUGGAUGUAGAAGAAACAUUGCAACGUAUACUUGAACAAGAUACCGAUGGUGACUUCCAAAUCACAAUUAAUGAUGUUGGCUCAAAAACACUCACACUUGGUACUGCUGAUUCUGGUGGAUAUAGAAGAAUUGAUAUACGUGGAACUUAUAUGUUGGCCAAUUUAUUACAAGAACUAGCAUUAGCAAAGGAUUAUGGACGCAAACAUAUUGUGUUAGAUGAAGCUAGACUGAACGAAAAUCCUGUGGACCGUUUAUCACGUAUGAUUCGAUACAACUUUUGGGAUGGAUUAACUCGACGUAUUGAUGCUGAUAGUUUGGAAGUGAUUUGUCCUGAUCCCAAGAAUCGAUCUAGUCAACAACAUCCUAUUAUAUAUGUCCCUCGAGGUGAUCCUGAUGCUUUCGACUUUUAUUGCAAGGUGGCCUCCUCUCGACCCCAAUUACAUCUUCAAGUUGAAUAUUUACCUCAAGACAUCACUCCUGACUAUGUGCGUGGCAUCAACGAUCGACCUGGUUUACUGACUCUGGCAAUGCGUAAAAUAAAGGCCGCUGAUGGAACAGAAACAAUGGUCGGCGAACUAUUUGUAGUACCUGGUGGUCGGUUUAAUGAAAUGUAUGGAUGGGAUUCUUACUUUGCUGCUCUAGGUUUAUUGGUGGAUGGUCGUGUUGCUUUGGCCAAAAGUAUGGUGGAAAAUUUUGCAUACCAAAUCAAGCAUUAUGGCAAGAUUCUCAAUGCGAAUCGAUCUUACUAUUUGACUCGGUCACAACCUCCUUUUUUGACAGAUAUGGCGUUGAAGGUAUAUGAACGAUUGGAUCCUGCUGAUGAACAAGAAAACAAGGCUUGGUUACGUCGCAUUCUCAAAUCUGCAAUCAAGGAAUAUUGGCAAGUAUGGAUGUCUGCCCCUCGAUUGGACCCUAUUACGAUGCUUUCUCGCUAUCGUCCUAACGGCAAAGGUAUUCCUCCUGAAACAGAAGCAUCUCAUUUCGAUCAUGUUAUUGCACCUUUUGCUCGCAAGCAUAAUGUUACCAUUGAACAAUUCAAUAUCAUGUAUAACAAUGAUCAAGUCAAUGAACCAGAACUGGAUGAUUAUUUUUUACAUGACCGUGCAGUGCGUGAAUCUGGUCAUGAUACAACCUAUCGAUUUGACAAAGUAUGUGCAAACCUGGCAACAGUGGAUCUGAAUUCUCUGUUAUACAAGUAUGAAACCGAUAUUGCGGAUGCGAUCGAUGAUUAUCUGGAUGGGAUUCUGGAGGAUUUUGAUGGUAUGGCGCAAUACUCAAAGGAUUGGACAGCACGGGCAAAUCAACGACGAGAUAGAAUGAACAAAUACCUUUGGAAUGAAAAAAACAAUCUUUAUUACGACUAUGAUACGGUGAGACAAGAACAAAUUACAUAUGAAAGUGCUACAGCAUUUUGGACGAUGUGGGCAGGCUGUGCUAGUGAAGAGCAAGCUCAGAGAAUGGCGUCUCAUUCUUUACACAAAUUUGAAGUGCUUGGAGGUCUUGUUUCUGGUACUGAAUCUUCACGUGGUGAAAUUACGUUGGAUCGACCGAAUCGACAAUGGGAUUUUCCUUUUGGUUGGGCUCCUCAUCAGAUGAUGGCUUGGGUUGGUUUUGAAAAAUAUGGUAUGCGUGAUAUUUCUCGUCGGUUGGCAUAUCGUUGGCUAUACACUAUUACUAAAUCAUUUGUAGAUUUCAAUGGUGUGGUGCCAGAAAAAUAUGAUGUAGUCAGUUCAUCACACAAAGUACAAGUAGAAUAUGGCAAUGUGGGCACCGAUUUCAAAUUUGUACCACGAGAAGGGUUUGGAUGGAUGAAUGCUUCUUAUCAAGUUGGACUUAGUUAUCUUAAUACACAAAUGCGACGAGCUUUGGGAACUUGUACUUUACCUGACUUAUUAUUUGAAAAGGCAUUGGCUUUGGAACAUCGACGGUCUGAAACUGAACAAGAAGCUUAUCUCCAACAACGUAGAAAAUCCACUUUGAAUGCACGACAAUUGACUCGCAAUGGAAGUAUUGACGCUGCCAUCACUCGGAUCCCUUAUACCUCUCCUCCUGUCUCUGAUGCUACUGUGGCUGGUUCUUCUGUAGUAUCUCAUCAUCCUCUUGCUCCUCUUGAUUCUGGUGAUGGUGAUUCUUACUUUACAUCCACUGCUCCAUUUCGUUAGCUAUUAUUAGUUUUUGAAAUAGACCCUUUCUUUGUAGUUUUAUUCAUAAUUGAUACAACUUGAAAUAAAAUCUAUUUUUUUUUUUUUGACAUGAUUCCAAAUGAUUUUUGUAUAUAUUUUGCGUAGAUAUGUGCUAUAUAUAAAAAGAGAUAGAAAGUGUCUCCAUA